ACUCGGAUCUUGACGGGGGGAUGUAGAGUUAUAUGUCUGUGAUUGUAAUUCGGUUUGCUUUUUUCCGUUAGCCAUAGUGCGGCAGAGAGGUGGACGCGCAUCCGGUCAGCUAUGGCACCUUUUGGACUGAAAGCCGUUGUCGGAGAAAAGAUAAUGAACGUUGUCAUCAAGAAGGCAAGAGAAAAAGGAAAAUGGAAAGUGCUUGUGGUGGACAAGCUAAGUAUGAGGACGAUUUCCUCCUGCUGCAAGAUGACAGACAUCAUGUCAGAGGGAAUCACCAUUGUAGAAGACAUAACCAAGCAGCGGGAGCCUCUGCCCAGCAUGGAGGCCAUCUAUCUGAUAACACCCUCAGAUGAGUCCGUUGAGGGUCUUAUUGAGGACUUCAGAGAUCCACGGUCUCCGAGGUAUAGAGCAGCCCAUGUCUUCUUCACUGACACAAUUCCAGACUCCAUGUUUGGACUCUUGACCAACUCUCGCGCCUCCAAAGCCAUGAAGGCUUUGACUGAGAUCCAUGUAGCCUUUCUGCCCUAUGAAUCUCAAGUUUUCUCCCUGGACAAAGUAGAUGCAUUUCAGGACUUCUACAGCCCUUUUAAAGCUGAUGUGAAGAGCAACAUGCUUGAAGGGUGUGCUGAACAGAUAGCAACCCUCUGUGCUACACUGAAAGAAUAUCCUGGAAUCCGAUACAGAGGAGAGUACAAAGACUGUGCCGUUCUGGCCCAAAUGCUACAGGACAAGCUGGAUGGCUACAAGGCUGAUGACCCCAGCAUGGGGGAGGGACCUGAUAAGUGUCGGAGUCAACUUAUCAUUCUGGACCGAGGAUUUGAUCCAGUGUCACCGCUUCUACAUGAGCUCACUCUUCAGGCAAUGGCCUACGACCUGCUUGGCAUUGAGAACGAUGUCUAUAGGUUUGAGACCAGUGGAAUGGGGGAGACUCGAACAAAAGAAGUGUUGCUGGAUGAAGAUGAUGACCUGUGGUUGACUCUGAGACAUAAACACAUUGCUGAAGUUUCAACGGCUGUGACUCGCUCUCUGAAAGAAUUUUCUGCCAGCAAAAAAAUGAACACAGGAGAAAAGACCACUUUGAAGGAACUGUCACAGAUGCUGAAGAAAAUGCCUCAGUAUCAAAAGGAACUAAGCAAAUAUUCAACCCACCUUCACCUGGCUGAAGAUUGUAUGAACCGCUACCAGGGAACGGUUGACAAACUCUGCCGUGUGGAACAGGACCUUGCAAUGGGCACUGAUGCAGAGGGUGAGAAGAUAAAAGAUCCCAUGAGGCUUAUCGUACCAAUCUUACUGGACACCAAUGUCAGCGUCUGUGACAAGAUUCGGAUCAUUCUGCUUUACAUCUUCCUCAAGAAUGGUGUGACAGAAGAAAACUUAUGUAAGUUGCUUCAGCAUGCCAGCAUCCCACCAGAGGACAGUGACAUAAUUUCCAACAUGGCACACAUGGGUGUGCCUAUCAUCUCUGAGGCCACCUCCAAGAAAACCAAAAAGCCUGAUCGUAAGGAGCGAAUCAGUGAGCAUACCUACCAACUCUCAAGAUGGACUCCUCUCAUCAAGGAUCUCAUUGAGGAUGCCAUUGAGGAUAAACUUGACACCAAGCAAUACCCAUACAUUUCCCAGAGACAGGCAUCAGCGAAAUCCAAUGCUCCAUCAAGUAGUGCCCGCUAUGGUAACUGGCACAAAAACCGGGGCCCCACAGAGGUGAAGACGGGGCCAAGGGUUAUUGUCUUCAUUGUUGGAGGAAUGACCUACAGUGAGAUGCGCUGUGUGUAUGAGGUCACCCAAGCCAAUGGCAAAUGGGAGGCCCUAAUUGGUUCCACCCACAUCCUUACACCUCCCAAAUACCUGAAGGAACUGCAGCACCCAGAUUUCAUGGACCCCAAUGCACCACCUGAGACCACCGGGGAGCAGUCACCCCAAUGAUACAUGGCGGAGCAACUGGAAAUGGUCACUCUUUCCUCAAUUUAAAAACCUCUAAAGGCUCAAAGAAGAAAGAAAACACUGAAGAGAAUUUUUGUAUUGCUUCGAAGCAGCCAAAUGGAUGGUUUCCCCACCUACAUCUACCCGCAGAUCUCUACAAAUACAAUAUUUAUACUCUCUAUGUUUCAUAUAAAGCACUUGCAAACCUUUUUUCUGUCAAUAAAUAUGAAUUGUGUUUGGUCAAAGUUAAUUUAGCUAGAAUAUAUUUUGUUUAUCUGUUUAUUUUAUUUGUUUGAUCAAUAAUUUAAUUUACUAUGCAGUGGUGUUUAUUUCUUAAUGUGAAAUAGUUUAGAUCUCGGAAUGAGGUUCAAAUGACAUCUCUUCAUCCACCAGCUGAUGUAACAUGUGGUUUUUUUCAGUGGAGAGGUGUUGAAUUAUUCUUGACAUAAAUGCUCUAGUUGACUUUACAGUGGUCAUAAAAGGAACCAACUAUGAGUUUAAAUACUAAACUAGAAAAUACUGCAGUUAAAUGUUGUUCAGCCAUCAAUUUUCUGAACCGCUUUAGUCCCCGCGGGGGUCGUGGGCGUGCUGGAGCCUAUCCCAGCCGUCAUCGGGUAGUAGGCGGGGGACACCCUGAACCGGUUGCCAGCCAAUCGCAGGGCACACAGAGACAAACAACCAUUUGCACUCGCACUCACACCUAGGGACAAUUUGGAGUCUUCAAUCGGCCUAGCAAGCAUGUUUUGGGGAUGUGGGAGGAAACCGGAGUGCCCGGAGAAAACCGACACGGGCCCGGGGAGAACAUGCAAACUCCGCACAGGGAGGGCCGGAGGUGGAAUUGAACCCGCAACCUCCUAACUGUGAGGCAGACAGGCUACCCAUUGCCCCACCGAGCCGCCCCAGUUAAAUGUUAUGUUGAUUCAAAAUACAUAUUUGGGUGGCCAUUUUCAUACAGAUACCAACUUUCGCUGUUAUGUUUCAUUCAUAUCAUUUUCAAGAAAGCUUGUGUAAGGGUUUUGUUUUUGACAAUUGAUGUUAUCGUCUUUCAUUUUCUCUGUUUUCCUGUUUCCUUGACUAUGUCAAUUGUAAUGCUUCUGAUGUCAGUAUUGUCUGUUUGUUUGUUUUCUAGAUACAAAAAGUCCUGAUGAAUAAUCUAGUUGAGGAAAAAAGCUAUCAUUAAAUCAAUGUUAGUAUAUUACUAUGGGUGUAACGAUUCAUCGAUACACAUCGAUUAAUCAAUAUAAUGCUCUACGAUUUAUCAAUGCUAAACGUAAAUAUUUAUUUAUAUCGCCGUGUUUGACCUCGGACAUUAGACGCGACUUUAUUUUGAAAUCCAGUUCGUUGUUGCUUGCUUCCUCUUUCCGGGAGCAGUGCGCGGCGUGUUGUGUUGUGAGCAGAGCAGGCACAUGAAAGGGGAGUCAACAACUAGUACGCGGCUCCUUGGCUGGUGCUAUGGCUAGUGUCCAAAAAGACGAGGAAAUUUGCUCCCCUUUAGGCUUCAAGUCAUUCGUUUGGAAGCACUUUGGAUUCCAAAGAAAAGAUGGCUCAACGGACAAGACACGAGCAGUUUGUAAAUCCUGCCAUGCGGUGAUCAAAUAUUCAGGGAGCACAAAUCUCGCCGCACAUUUAAAGAAAAAACACGACAUCAAAGUUCAGUGUUAAAAUAAGCACUUUGUAAUUUCCUAAAUAAAGAGUUUGCAGUACCUUGUUGAUUUUGCGUAUGAAUUGUUAUAAAUCAGGAUAUUGUUCUAUAUUUUUUAUUUAAAAAAAAAAUCGAUCGUAGAGCACUAUAUCGUGAUGUAUCGUGAAUGAAUCACAGCAGGCUUUAAGAUAUCGGCAAAUAUCGUAUCGUGUUUCUUUGUAUCUAUAUGAUAUCGUGUCGUAACAAAACCCGCGAUUUACACCCCUAUAUAUUACUGUAACGUCCCUCCCGUUUGGUGUGCAUAUUCAAUGUGACACUUUUUAGAUGCACGGUAUGAAUUAAAUACUUUAAAACUGA